GGCUAGCUGCUACUUGGUUACCAACUGCUAGUUAGUUGGUUACUAACUGCUAGGUUACUUGGUUACCAACUGCCGUUGUACCGCUUGUUUGCUAACCGCGUAUCAGGUUGAAAUGUAAACCCCAGUGAAACGAUGCUGGUGGCGAGUCCCUCCACCCAUUAAUGUUUUAUUGGUGGACUUAAUGACUGUCUGUUGUUCGAGCUAGUGUAGCUAGCAUGUAGCCGAGGUUACUGGCGCUACUAGAGGGGCUUUACACCUGAAGCCGCCACGAUAGAUACUGCACGAUGCCGUUUACAGGGAAACUAGCCGAGGAGAAGUAGCCAACUUGGCUAACUAGUCGUUCACAUAAAGAAGAAGGACAAAAUGACAGUGCCCGCAUUCUGCUGCAGAGGAGAGAGCACCAGGAUGAGGAGACUGUAGGCACCCGCCAUAGUAUGGCCGCGUCCCGUUCCUCGCGCGUCACAAGGUCGUCAGUGGGGCUCAAUGGAUUGGAUGAGAACUUUUGUGGUCGAACCCUCAGGAACCGCAGCAUUGCCCAGCCGGAGGAGACCUCGUUACCUCCGCUACCAAGGGCCCGCUCUCCCAAGAAGAAGCAGGACUCGAAGCAGGACGGCAAGCAGGAGUCGAAGCAGGACGGCAAGCAGGAGUCGAAGCAGGACACCAAACAAGACGUUAAGCAGGAGUCAAAGCAGGACGCCAAGCAUGAUACAAAGCAGGAUACUCAGCAGGAUGUCCAGCAGCAGUCCUCGUUGCAGGGAAAGGUAACUGACUUGAAUGCUUCUCCUACUGAGGCGGAGCAAUUGACCAGCUCCAGGAAGCGGGGUGUGUCCUGUUUAGAAAAAGACAUUAGUCCUGAGAAUUCCGAGAACUGUGAGAGAGGGAAGGGGCCACGGGAUGCCUGUAUUCAAAUCAAGAAGGCCAAGCGGUGCUCCCGCUCUGGAGAGUCUCAGGGAUGCGAUGAGGACCCCGGGCCUCUGAAAUCUGAAAGUCCAGUCUCUGCCCCAGAGCCGAGCAAGGACAAUAGUUGUGAAGGAUUUUCCAGCCAAAACUCUGCUCACACAGCUCCUGCCUCACCUGUCCACAGUAAAGAGGAAGGUGAGCUGACAGGGGGGAAGGCAGAAGAUGGUCAUGUGGAGUGUGAUGGGGCAGCUCAGCCCCCAAAUACCCACAAGGCCUCUAAUGGACUCAGAGACAAUAAAGCAGUGGAACCUAGCACACUUACUGAAGAGUCUAGUGCAAACCCCACCUUUGUCACCAACUGCCCGUCACUGCUCAACGGUAGUCAAACAGGGGGCCCCUUCAUCCCUGACCCCACUGUGCCUUGUAGAAACUCGGUCCCUCUGCAGAUGGAGGUCUCUGGCUCAGGGGAAUCGCCAGCCUCAUCUGUGCAGAUAUUUGAGACUGUUCCAGAGGAUCCUGUCCCUGAGUUGAUAGAGGCAAAGGAGCAGGAGGAGCUGGAGGAGGUGGAGGUUGACGUGGUGGGCGACCCGUUGUUUCUGGCCCACGAAGAGCAGGUGACGGAGAGUGAAAAUGAUACCAACGGCCGGCCACCAACACCAGUGCAGGAAGCGGCUGCCUCCACCUCCUCCACUACCACCAACAUGAACAGUAUUCCAAUCAACAACAACAGCAACUCAGGAGAAACUACACCCCCACUAGCAACAAGUCCCUCCCCCACAGAGCAAGAGUGCAAUCCCUCAAUACCCAGCACGCCUCCCUCUUUCACAGAGCUCUACGAACACAGAUACACCUUGCGGACUUCACCCAGAAGGGCUGCUACUGGUGGCAAGGCUUCCUCUUCCAAGCUUAGUUCUCCUCCCAGAGACAAUGGUCCCUUGAGGGAAGAGGGAGAAGUGCUAGUUGGGCUGGAGGAGGAUUUCCCUCUGGUCGAGGAACCUGCUCCCUCAGACUCGGAUGGCCCUUCCAAUGAGAAGCCGGUCUCUGUGGAUCUAGGUGACAGGGCAUGUGGUGAGGACUGUGUGCCUGUGGAGAGCAAAGAGGUUGAGCAAAGCAAGAAGCUGACACAGAGCCAGGCUGCACAGGAGGAAGAGGAGGAAGAGGAGGAAGAGGAGGAGCCGGACGUGUAUUAUUUUGAGUCGGACCACCUGACUCUUAAACACAACAAAGAUUAUCAGAGGCUGCUGCAGACCAUCGGUGUUCUCGAGGCCCAGCGCACGCAGGCCAUAAUGGACCUAGAGACGUUGGCGCGUCACCAGGAGGCACUCAGUGAUCCCAUCACCUUUGUGGAGCAGCUGCAGAAACAGGUUAAUUUGGACUUGCCGUGUCCUCAGCGAGUCGUCCAGCUCCCUGACAUUGGAUGGGCGCAGUACACCUCAGGCCUCGGUGACUUUGAGAGAGAGUUCUGCGACAAGAAACUCAAAACCAGGCGGCUAAAGCUGAUCUUCGACCAAGGUUUGCCUGCUCGACCCAAAAGUCCUGUGGAGCCCAAGAAGGAAGGUGAAUCGUCCACCAUGUACUCCUCUCUGCCCACUAGUGACACACUAGAGAACAGCAGGCACAUGCAGAUGAUCAGGGGAAGGCUUUGUCAUCCGAACAAGUCUGACACUUUUAACCAGCUGUGGACUGUGGAGGAACAGAAAACACUGGAGCAGCUUCUUGUAAAGUUCCCUCCCGAGGAAGUCGAGUCCAGAAGAUGGCAGAAGAUUGCUGACGAGCUUGGCAACCGAACAGCAAAACAGGUUGCCAGUAGGGUUCAAAAGUACUUCAUCAAACUGACAAAAGCUGGUAUUCCUGUGCCUGGAAGAACACCCAACCUGUGCAUGUACACUAAAAAGGCAUCCAGUAAGAGGCAGCACCACCUCAACAAGCACCUGUACCGGCCGUCUACGUUCCUGACCUCCUACGAGCCUCCCGUCUACAUGGACGAAGACGACGAGCGCUCGGCGUAUUACAGCAGCGUGCAGGACCCCUCUGCUGACGACUCGGAUGAAGAGGCUAUCCCUAUGGAGUUGAGAAAUUUGCCAGAGUACAAAGAACUUUUAGAGCUGAAGCGACUGAAGAAACAGACGCUCCAGGAGAUCCACGAGGACAAGGCCGAGAUGCGGCAUGUAGGCUACAAGUGUGAUGUCUGCGGCAUGGAGCCCAUCCAGGGAGUGAGGUGGCACUGUCAGGAUUGUCCGCAGGACAACUCGGUUGAUUUCUGCUCCAACUGCUCCGACUGCUUGUUCAAGACAGAGACUCACAAGCCUAACCACCACUUGGAACCGGUACACCAGCAAGACACCUUUCUGGACAGGGACUACUGUCUGCCGCAGAGCACAGGCUACAACUACCUGGACCCUAACUACUUUCCAGCCAACAGAUGACAGGGUCACAGGCGUCUCUAGCUCCAGGCUCUCUCCACAUAUCCCACAGGCCACUCUGUGCAUGGCUCCAUCCUCAAGUCCAAGAUAACCGCUUAACCCGCCGCCAGGCAGGAAGGCUAAUAGGCAGGCAGACAGCCAGAAGCCUCAAUGCAGACCACAGUGCUGCUGGUGGGUGGGGAGGGGCGGGAGACUGUUGGUAAACUUGCAUCCCUGACUUAAGCAAAAGGUGGCCAUGUUGGUUCCUCAGAACAAGAGGGCCCUGCUCCUCCUCAGCCAGGCUAAUCAACGGAUCAUGAUUUGAAACGAUACACUAUUUUUAAAAAAACCAACAAAAAAUACCCCAGAAGGCACACCGACAUUCCCGAGCUCUGUGACUCAUGGGGGGCUUUCCUCCCUUCCCCCCCAUCACCCUCCAGUUUACCUCCCUGUGCUGCUUCAAAACUGGAGAAUUGACGAUCGAUCUCCUGAAGCUCCACCUAAAGGAGAUGUGGUCAUAGUGGACUGAAGUCAUCAACUGAGAUGCACCUGGGUGGAUUGUAUGUGUGUAUGUGGUCUCCGUGUUAUGCAAGAGUGAACAAUGUUCUAGCUAGGUAUCCGUAGAUGAGUAUUUAUGAGUCACAGCUUCCUCAGCAGGAGCUGCUGCGAGAGAAAGUAGGCGGUGUGGGGCGUGACGCCGAGGUCGGUGUGCUUUUGACUGCAGACUGUAGGAAGUUCUGCUGAUCCACAUGACGCUCUGCAGACAGACUUGUAUGUGUUGAACCGACUGCGCCAUGUUUCAGCAUGGAGCCAUCCCUACCACUGUCGCACAACACUGCUCUCUCACCUUUCAAACACACACUUUCAUCUGUAUUUCCUUUCCCUUUGCUCUCUCCACAAAAACAUGUCUGACAGUGAAGCACUACAGCACGGAGAGCAAAUGUAUUUGAAGGCAGGCGAAUGGGAACGUAUGGAAAGUUCAUUUUCUCAUAUUUUUUUUUUUUUCCCCCUCCUCCCGUGUGCCGUUGUUGAACAUGUUGAGUGUACAAGUAUAUGGUGAAAAGUAGCCAGCGCUAGUUGCUGUGUGCCAUUUUAAAAAAAAAAUGUUUUGGGGGUAGGUAAUUCCACCUCUGAACCUGGCCACAACGUCUCCUUUCCUGCGUGGCGCCAUCGACCCACAUUGUCCUACAUUAUCAUGCCUCUAGAUCUUCUUUAAUUUUGCAGUCCACUUUAAAAGGUCCAUUUAAAAGAUUGUAUUUUUAUUAAUCUAUUUAAAAAAAAAGAAAAAAAAAAAAGAAUUGAGGCAGUGGUUGGUGCCUCCACAGUGGAACAACCCACACAAUUUUAUACACAUAGAUUUUGUUGUGCUUGAGUAGACACCAUUUUGUAUGGUUUUUGUCUCUUUCCUUCACCCCCUUUGCCCUGCUUCAAUAUCUGUGUAUAACAGUCUGUUCUUAUGUAAAAAAAAAUAAAUAAUAAUGUUAAAAAAAAAAAUGCUAGAGGAGAAAUGUGGAAAUAAAAGUAUGUGAAACUA